GCUCGGUCGGGGUUCCCCUUCGCCAGCCCUGGAGUUGGUUCUCCAGCAGCAGACGAAACCCUGCUGAGCCAGCGCGGGUUCCGGGAAGCCACGUGACCCUCGCCUCCAGGGCCUCGCCGUCCGCGCAGCCGAGGUGGGUGCCAUGGACCCGCGGGUGGCCCUGCUCUGCCUGCUGCCCCUGUGCCCAGGUCUGGUGGCUGCGGCCACCUCCUGCCCUCAGAACGUGAACAUCGCAGGUGGCACCUUCACUCUCAGCCACGGCUGGGCCCCCGGGAGCCUCCUCACCUACUCCUGUCCCCAGGGCAGCUACCCGUCUCCGGCGUCGCGGAUGUGCAAGAGCAACGGGCAGUGGCAGACCCUGGGAGCCACCCCCGGCUCCGGCCGGCGCGGGAGGGCCACCUGCAGACCUGUGCGCUGUCCGGCGCCCGUGUCCUUUGACAACGGCGUGUACUCCCCGCGGCUCGGAGCUCACCCCGUGGGCGGCAACCUGAGCUUCGAGUGCGACGCCGGCUUCACCCUGCGUGGCUCCCCCGUGCGCCACUGUCGCCCCAACGGUGUGUGGGAUGGAGAGACCACCGUGUGCGACAAUGGGGCUGGCCACUGCCCCAACCCGGGCAUCUCGGUGGGCGCCGUGCGGAUGGGCUCCCGCUUCCGCCUCGGGGACAAGGUCAGCUAUAGCUGCUCCUCGGGCCUGGUGCUCACAGGCUCUGUGGAGCGCGAGUGCCAGGCCAGUGGCGUCUGGAGCGGGACAGAGCCCCUCUGCCGCCAGCCCUACUCCUACGACUUCCCUGAGGACGUGGCCCCUGCCCUCGGUAUCUCCUUGUCACAUAUGCUGGGAGCCACCAACCCCACGCAGAAGAAGGAGGAAAACGUGGCCCGCAGAAUCCAGAUCCAGCGCUCGGGCCACCUGAACCUCUACCUGCUGCUGGACGCCUCGCAGAGCGUGUCAGAGCAAGACUUCAGGAUCUUCAAGGAGAGCGCCUCCUUCAUGGUGGACAGGAUCUUCAGCUUUGAGAUCAACGUUAGUGUUGCUGUCAUCACCUUUGCCUCUGAGCCCAAGGUCAUCAUACCUAUCCAGAGUGACAGGUCCUGGGAUGUGGCUGAAGUGACCUACAGCCUGGAGCAUGCCAACUACAAAGAUCAUGAAAAUGGCACCGGGACCAACAUCUACAAGGCCCUCAACAGCGUCUACAUCAUGAUGAAUAACCAGAUGGCGCGCCUUGGCAUGGAGACCAUGGCCUGGCAGGAGAUUCGACAUGCCAUCAUCCUCCUGACAGAUGGGAAGUCCAACAUGGGCGGCUCGCCCAAGCCGGCGGUGGACCGCAUCAAGGAAGUGCUCAACAUCAGACAGAACAGGAACGACUAUCUGGACAUCUAUGCCAUCGGGGUGGGCAGCCUGGAUGUGGACUGGAGAGAGCUGAACGAGCUGGCGUCCAAGAAGGACGGGGAGAAGCACGCCUUCAAGCUGCCCAACGCGGCCGCGCUGCGCCAGGUCUUCGAGCACAUACUGGACGUCUCCAAGCUCACGAGCACCAUCUGUGGGGUGGGGAACAUGUCAGCCAACGCCUCCGACCAGGAGAGGGCGCCCUGGCACGUCACCAUCAAGCCCAGGAGCCAGGAGACCUGCCGCGGGGCCCUCAUCUCUGACCAGUGGGUGCUGACGGCCGCUCACUGCUUCCGCCAGGCGGAGGACCGCUCCACGUGGAGGGUCAUCGUGGGGGAUCCCAGCUCCAGGUGGGGCAAGGAAUUCCUCAUUGAGGAAGAAGUGAUCCAUCCCGGGUUUGAUGUAUCUGCCAAGAGGAACCAGGGCAUCCUGGAGUUCUACGGCGAUGAUAUUGCCCUGCUCAAGUUGGCCCAGAGAGUGAAGAUGUCUAGUCAUGCCAGGCCCAUCUGCCUUCCCUGCACCAUGGAGGCCAAUAUGGCUCUGCGAAGAGCCCCAGGCAGCACCUGCAGGGACCACGAGGCGGAGCUGCUGAGCCCACAGAGCAUCCCUGCUCAUUUUGUGGCCCUAAAUGGGAACAAACUGAACGUGAACCUCAAGACGGGGACUGAGAGGGCACAGUGCAUCGAGGUUGUCUCCCAAGACAGAAAGACAUUCCCCAACUUGACAGAUGUCAGGGAGGUGGUGACAGACCAGUUCCUGUGCAGUGGGGAGGAGGACGAUGCCAACCCCUGCAAAGGAGAAUCCGGUGGGGCAGUCUUCCUGGAGCGCAGGUUCAGGUAUUUCCAGGUUGGCCUGGUAAGCUGGGGUCUCUACAACCCCUGCCGUGGUUCUCCCGACAAGAAUGUGCGCAGAAAGGCUCCCAAAGGCGUCCCGCCACCUAGAGACUUCCACAUGAACCUCUUCCGCCUGCAGCCCUGGCUCAGGCAGCACCUGGAGGGUGUCCUGAACUUUUUGCCACUUUAAUUUGGGCCACUGAGUCCUGGGCUGCCCUGCCAGCACCUGCCAUCCUCCCACCUCCUGCAUCCAAAGUCCAGUGUCUCUCCUAGUUGCAGAGAUCCUGGGCUCCAGGAGACCUGAGGAGCUGGGGGUGCCCAGGGCUGAUGCCACUGUGACUGGCCCCCCUCCUCUGGGGUAUUUGGAUUCUUUGCACUUUCACAUGGAAUUUCCCAGUUAUGAAAUUAAUAAAACUCUCAGAUUUCCA